CGUGAAAGAGGCGUGGCACGGAACUUCUGAAUAUCCAACGAACGCGCUCCGUGGGUAAGGAGAAGAAGAGGCUCGGUGUGGUGUUGUUUUUGACUCUAGAAAGCUGCAUUUUCGGCUUAAAAGGCUCAAAAUCAGCGAUAGCGUCGAGUCCAGCGGCUAAACGCGGUUCUUGUGUUCCUGUUUUUCGGACGCAGCUCUCGGUAAAAAAAAAAAAAAAAAAGCAGCGUCGCCUCGGUGUACUCGGAGCUCGGCACGGAACAAUGCCUGGCGAAGCCGCGAUGGCAACGGAGCUCGAGCCCAGCAGUAAUACCGCUACAGCGUCACCCCAGAAGUGUUUUCCUUUUGUUUUAAAGAAAAUUAUGGACAUACCUCCUCCGAACAUCCUGGAGGAAGGAGAAGACGAAAUAGAGAAGGAGAAGUUGUGCUCAUCUGAAGAUGUGGAUGGAGGAGGGGCUGUGGCAACCAAUGCUGGUGGUGGGGGCAGUGGAGGGGUAUCAGCCUCCCUGACCCCAGCCAUUUGGGAGAAGACCAUUCCGUAUGAUGGGGAGACAUUCCACUUGGAGUACAUGGACUUGGAUGAGUUCCUCCUGGAGAACGGUAUCCCUGUGACCCUGGAGGAGGAGGAGCUGCAGAAGACACUGACAGUUGAAGACAAAGGCAAAGCCAUUCCCAAGGCUAUUGCAGGAGCUACCACCACCACUCCUACUACUACUACUACUACUGAAACAACUACUCCCGCUACUCCUGUUGCUGCAGACUCAUCAUCUCCCCCCUCUGCCUCCAUGGCUACCCCAGAUCCAGAGGAGCCUGUGACAGUCACCACGUUACAACCGGCUAAGCUAGAAGAAGAACAAGAAGAAGAAGGAGAAGAAGAGGAAGAGCAAAAAGAGGAAUCUUUGCCUGAGGAGGCAACGCCAAAAGCAGAAGUAAAGAAAGCAGAACGUAACACGCCCUCCCCAAUCGACCCAGACGCCAUUGAGGUGGACAUUAAUUUCCAGCCAGAUCCCACAGACCUGGUCCUGUCCAGCGUGCCCGGGGGUGAGCUGUUCAACCCACGCAAGCACAGGUUCUCCCAGGAGGAGCUGAAGCCGCAGCCGAUGAUCAAGAAGGCCAAGAAGGUUUUUGUUCCCGAUGAGCAUAAGGAUGAGAAGUACUGGUCGAGAAGAAAGAAGAACAAUCUGGCAGCAAAGCGUUCCCGCGAUGCACGCCGCCUUAAGGAGAACCAGAUCACCGUGCGUGCAUCCUUCCUGGAGCGUGAAAAUGCUGCUCUGAGGCAGCAAGUGGCUGAGAUGCGGAAGGACUGCGGUCGCUGUAAGAACGUCCUGGCUCGAUACGAAGCCAAGUACGGCCCACUGUAAAAAAUAAAUAAAUAACAGAAAAAAGGAAAAAAAGAAAACUCACAAUAAAACCCAUGACGAGACAAAAGCGGAACUCCCUUCCCCGCAAAUUUCAACACAGAUAUAAACACCUAGGGAAUCUAAAUUUGCACUGUUGUCUUUGCUGACCUCCAGUCACUGUGUUCGGCUCCAGUUUCUAACACAACGCUGGAGUUUUGGAUGCACACUGGCAGGCAGUGAGGCAUGAUGGGAGCGGUGGUCACAGGAAGGCCUGUGGAGAGCGCCUGGCUCCUACACUCGGAGAGGAAGUGGACCGUUCUGGAUUCUCCCAUGGUCAAACACACAUGGAAAAUAUGGUCGUCUCGAGAAAAGUUCAAAGAGAGUCAAGCGACAUGAAAAGAGCGGGUCGCUUAGAAAGAAUCGCACGCGUUCAAAUUCGAUACAGCAGUUUCUGUCAGAGCACAGCACACCUUAAUGGACCAAAGCACGAGUAGCGUCAGUCAGAAGUUGCGUAUUUAGAAAGGUGCACAUGUGCACUCCUCCUGUUUUCCUUGUGUUGCACUUAAUUAGGAGGCUCAGAAGAAGAAGAAUAUUUAGUGAAGUUGCGCAGUGUAGGAGAGGAACAGAUGAAAAAUGAGCCGGAGUCAGGUUCAAGGUGGUACUCCCAGUCUGGAGAGGGUAAGAGGAGGGAGACCUCAGGAAAGGUGUGGUCCAGUCAGAGUUCUUCCGUCACACAAGCACGCCUCUGCACACUGUUUAAAAACAACUGUUAUGUAUAUAUAAUCAUCUCUCUGCACCAUUUUUAUAGUGUAUAAUCCAUUUUGCACUUUUUCAUUAAACAAUAACAAAAUGUGGCUCCUUGAAAGCAAAAUAUAAAGAAAUGAGGGGUGGGUUUAAGGGUUUUUCACAGUGCUGUUGGGAUGUUUAUUUACUGCACACUGCAGUUAGUGUGCUAGAGUCACUGCCUGCCUAAUGGUGUCGAGAGGACUGGAUUGAUCGGUUGCUUUUUGUUUUUUUUAUCUUAAGCAGGCUCAAAGUCGGCUGUUUCUGAACCUUGUAAAUAUGUCUCCUGGUCUUUAUUUUGCUAAGACGGGGACUCUGUGUCUUUAUUAACCCUACAAUAUUCCUUAUAUUUGCCAAAUAGUUGAAUGAGUGCUGUAUUUAUUCUUGGGUAAUGAUGCAUUUGUUGAUUGUGAUGUACAAACAAUGUGUCAGAUAAUUUUAUUUCUCCUUAGGAUAAUAAUAAUAAUACCUACAUAAUGAAACCAAUGACAAAGCAGGGAAUUCAAAGGGUAAACUGUGCUUUUGGAUGUUUGUUUUAAAAACAGGUUUAUAUAGUAAUGUGGGCUUUAUUUUUUGUGGGGUGGGGGUAUUGUGUUGUGAACACACAAAGGACAGGGUGCACUUUCCUUUACCUCGUCCAACACUUGCUACUGUGAAAGGUAAAACAUGGAGCAUGGCUACAAAGUGUUGGUUGAAGCAAAGAACACGUACAAAGCAGCUUAGUUCCAUUUGGCAAAACCUUAAAUCCGACUUUAUAAACUGAGUUCUUUCCGCCAAAGCUUCUGAGUGUGAAUCUUAAUUAGUAAAUAUGUUGCAGACUGUUAUGGGACUCUGUAUCUCAAACUUAUAAUUUUCUUUUUGAUUUUUAUCAGCCAGCUUGUGCUCAUAAUCCUGGAAAGAAAAUAAAUGUGGCAAUAAUACUCUGUUAUGUAAUGCUAGUUUGAUUUCAGUAGUGAUGUUGUAUGUAUACUUACUAUGAUGUACUAAAUAGAAAUGCCCCAAAAUCAUUCGUGCUUCCAGUUCUUAAUUCUCUGUAGUCCGAGAUCUUAAUGCAUGAAACCCAGUGAACCUGUCUGUCUCUCUCUCUGUUCCUUGUUUGUUUUUUUUUAAAAAAAACAAGUUUUAUACCAAGUGUACUUAUGUCUGUGAACCAUUACCGAAAACUAGAGCUCUUUGGUUUUUGGGGGGAUGACGUGGGCUGAUGGUGUAUUGUGCAGAACAGUGGAAAAAAAAAAAAAAAAAAAGCAGAGCAUCUUUGCUGCGAUGUCCUUUUGUUUAUGACAGCACCGCCUUUCCUUGUGCAGCCAGCGCUUGACCUUGUGGUGAAAACAGCUGAAAGCAGCAUCUUUUAAUCACUGUGGAUUAUCUUUUUCUUUUUUUUUUAAAUUUGCUAUAGAUUGAUCUAUAUCUAGAUACACAGGAAUCAGCUGGUGCUUUUUUGGGGUUUUUUUUUUGUUUUUUUUCUUGUCUUCUUGAUUGCUAAUAUGAUCAUUUGAGUUUCCUGAUAGUGUAUUGUAACAGCUGGUUCUUGGGUUUUUUUUUCUGUCACAUCGACUGCACUGAGCUUUAGACAUCAGUCCUAGCUGAUGAAUGCAAACUUGGACAUUUAAAAAGAAAAAACUGGUACUGGCCACAAGAGGUUUUUAGAAGCCAAUAAAAUAAAGAUCAUAUUUUGUAUAGUGAUGCAUAAAGUAUGUAGCAGUUUCUGUUUGAUGGGAAGCUCCUUAUGAAAUCAUUUUUCCUUUUAAAGAGGUUGGAGUUUUUCCCCAAUUCUCUGCAUGCAAUCCUGCAGUUAUGACUUUUGGAUGUAGGCGCGUCUUCUGCCACCUACUGACAAAAGAUGGCUCCUGCACUUGUGAAACCCUUUGUGCCACUUUUGGGUAACAUUUAAGGAAAACUAGAAUCCUGGAAAUGCACAAAUAAUUGACAGAGAACAUCUGGCACAAGUGUGUGUGCGCACAGGUGUUUGUAGGUGUGCUCAGAGCAGCACGACUAGAUCUCCAAUCUAAACCUCAGUUUUAAGGUUAUUGCUUGAAACUCUUGACACUGGUUUGAGAUGCUUCGCAUUGACAACACCGUGUCCUUGUUUACUUAUUUGAAGUAGCUCCCGGAAAACCAUUUUAAAUCUCUUUCUGGAAACAUUUUUAAAGACUUGUGGUGUUUUUGGCUUUCUGUUCUGAUUUUUAUAUAAAUGUGGGUUUUUUUCUCGUUUUUGUAUUGUCCCUAUCAUGUAUUGGAUACAUGCAACUGCAGCAUCGUGUCCUAAUUGUAUCUUGUAUUAUGCAUAUGAAAUAAAUUUGGAGUUUUACCGA